CGAAUCCCAGGAACUUUUUCCUACGCAAAAUUUCUUAAUUUUCUUGCUAGUGUUCUGCAAAAUGAAACGGAGUGGAAAAUAAAAGUGGGAUUAAACGAAAAGUUGAACCCCCCGGGACUGGCUUUAUGGUUUAACCCAGUUGCCUUGGAGACCGAUAGCAACACCCGGGCUCAGGCAGACGCCUGGAGGCUAUGGCCACGUUAGCUCGGCUGCAGGCUCGGUCGACGUUCGUGGCACAUCAGUACUACUACAGGAACAGUGUUGUAGAUGUAUUUAGGAAAAAGGAGUAUGAUGCAGCAGUUAAAAUCCAGAGCUGGUUUCGAGGAUGUCAAGUUCGGGCAUAUAUCAGGUAUUUACAUAGAGUAGCAACUGUUAUUCAAAAAUGGUGGAGAGGUUACUCAGGCAGAGAAGAGUAUCGGCUACUUGUAAAGUUCGCAUCUUCUGCUAUGAAGAUGAAUUUCUACAACGCAAUGGCUGUCAGGAUUCAAAGGCGAUGGCGAGGCUAUAGGAUUCGGAAAUAUUGCUUUAAUUAUUUUUAUUUGAAGGAGUACCUGAGAGCUGUUUCAGAGACCAACGAUGCAAUUAGGGAGGCACUGGAGGAGUUUGCAGAGAUGAAAGAAAGAGAAGAGAAGAAGGCCGACCUCGAAAGGGAAGAGAAGGAAAGAGAUUACCAAGCCCGAAAGAUGCAUUACCUCCUCAGCACAAAGCAGAUUCCAGGUAUAUACAAUUCACCAUUCAGGAAAGAUCCUGAUCCCUGGGAGUUGCGAUUACAAAAGGCAAAGCCUUUAACAUCCCAAAGGUCUAAAGUUAAAGAGAAGCACUGGGUCAGCCCGAGCAGUUGGCUGGAGUGUACGAGUGCCCGUUCCUUUCCUCGAUCAGAAAUUCUGCCACCCAUUAAUAGGAAACAAUGUCAGGGACCAUUCCGUGAUAUCACUGAAGUACUAGAACAGCGCUACAAGCCUUUGGAGCCAACGUUGCGGGUAGCAGAACCAAUCAAUGAGUUAAAUGUGGCCAGAGAGGAGUUCAGAAGACAGGAAUGGAUGCGAAAUGUAAAUGACAAUAUGUUUUUGCCAUUUUCUUCUCACCAUAAAAAUAAAAAGUACACCCCAUUAAUGCAUUCGUCAAGCAAGUAUGGUCCCAAUUCUUAUGGAAGUCGUCAUUUUAGAGAUGAAAAUCCCAAGAAAUGGAUCUGUGACAAGGAUUUCCAAACUGUAUUACCGUCAUUUGAUCUCUUCUCAAAGUAUGGAAAAUUAUAUUCAAAAGCUGGACAAAUUAUCUAAAG